AUGACUGUAAAUGAACUUUGUUUGGCUGUUUCUCUUUUGGGUUUUAAAUCAAAUAAUGAUCGUAAAAUUGAAAAAGCAGGAAUAGCAUAUGAAAGCAAUGUUAUUAGAGAUAAACUAUGUUUAAAGAAAUGUACUUUACCGGUAUAUCGACAAUCUAUAUUUGAAUCGGUGGAAGAUAAUGGUGAACCUGAAAUUGAUAAUAGUACACUUUAUGAUGAAGAUGAUGAAUCUUAUCGUCAAAUGAUGUUAAUGUUGGAUCCAAAUAAUUGGAAAGAUUUUGACCACUACAAAGUAUUAGGAUUAUCAAAAUUACGCUGGAAGGCAUCUUCUAUUGAUAUAAAAAAUGCUUAUCGUAAAAAAGUUUUACUUUACCAUCCAGAUAAAAGUAAAAAAUCAACAGGACUCUCAAAAAAAGAAUUAGAAAUAAUUUUUGGAUGUAUUCAGAAAAGUUAUGAAUUAAUGGGUGAUACUAUUGAGAAACGAAGAUCUUAUGAUUCUGUUGAUCCUGAUUUUGACGACUAUAUUCCAUCAGAAAAAAGUGUGAAUUCAGACAAUAUUUUUAAUGUGCUUGGUGAGGUGUUUUGUAGAAAUGCUAGAUUUUCGAAGAAACCAAAUGUACCUAAAUUAGGAAAUAUGGAUUCUACUCGUGAUGAGGUUGAAAGAUUUUAUGAUUUUUGGCUUCAUUUUGAGAGCUGGAGAGAAUUUUCAUAUUUAGAUGAAGAAGAUAGUUCUAAAGGUGAAGAUCGAUAUGAAAGAAGAGAAAUUGAAAGGAUAAAUAGAGUAAAACGUGAUAAAUUGAAAAAAGAGGAUACAAAAAGAAUCUCAUCAUUAGUUGAAAUGGCAUACAAUAAAGAUCCUCGUUUAGUAAUUUUUAAAGAAGAAGAUAAAAAAAAGAAACAAGAAGAAAAAGAACGGAGAAAGAAAGAAGCUGAAAGAAAACGUGAAGAACAACGUUUGAAGUUUGAAGCUGAAUGUAUUGAAUAUAAACGACAAGAAGAGGAAAGAAAACGUAAAGAAGAAGAAGAAAACAAAAGAUUGGCUGCUGAAAAAAUUAAAAAUGAAGUAGAAAAUCCAACUUUAUCAGCAUGGACUGCCGAAGAAAUUGAACUACUAGUUAAAGCAACAAGAUUAAUGCCACCGGGUACUUCUGAAAGAUGGAGGCAAGUAACUGAUUACAUAAAUACUCAUAAAAAGGAUAAAUCAAUUGUUCGAUCAACUAAAGAUGUAUUAAAAUAUAUAAAGGAGAAAUCAGCACAACCUGUGGUUAAGAACUUACAAAAAGUUACUGAAAAAAAAGAAGUAGAUAAAUCAGAAUUAAAACAAGAGAUUGAUGACUGGACCAAUGAGCAACAAAAAGCUUUAGAAUCUGCAUUACGUACAUUUUCAGCAAAAGAUGAAGACAGAUGGGAUAAAAUUGCAAAUGCAGUGGGUACCAAAACAAAAAAAGAAUGUAUUAAAAGAUACAAAGAUUUGCUAACGCAUUCAUUGUUUAUAAUUUUAAAAAAUAAACAAAAAACAUUUUUAAUAUCCAACAUAUCUUAUUCUUAUUUUAUAAAACUCGAAUGCAGAUGA